UUCUCUUGCUCUCUCUCUCUCUCCCUCUCUACGGAGUGACGUCGGUGUUAAGAAGAAGAUGGCGGCGCCAGGAAAGGCGGAAGGUGUAUCGCAGUGUGGACCUCUGUGGUGUGUGAGUUGUGUGUAGUGCCGCUGGUUGGAGUGAGUCGUCUAGUCAUCAUGAACAAUAAGGAGAGAGAGAGCACAAAAGAGUCAGAGAACAGUCGAGGCCAGAUGAAGGUGUUUCUGCCUAACAAGUUGUUGGAGCGUCUCCCUCAAACCACCUCCCUACCCAAGGAGAGACUACGAUGGAACACCAACGAGGAGAUUGCAUCCUACUUGAUCACAUUUGACAGACAUGAAGAGUGGCUAUCCUGCUCGCUCAAGACCAGGCCCCAGAAUGGCAGCAUCUUUCUGUAUAACAGGAAGAAGAUCAAGUACAGGAAGGACGGCUACUGCUGGAAGAAGAGGAAAGAUGGGAAGACCACCAGAGAAGACCACAUGAAGCUCAAAGUACAGGGCAUAGAGUGUCUCUAUGGUUGCUACGUCCAUUCUUCCAUCGUCCCAACAUUCCACAGGAGGUGCUACUGGCUGCUGCAGAACCCAGACAUGGUGCUGGUUCACUACCUAAAUGUUCCGUCGCUGGAGGAUCAUGGGAAGGCGUGCGGCCCGUUGCUAUGUGCCGUUGCCGACCGCCGAGACUCGUUACGCUGGAGCCGAGACGAACUACUGGCCCAGCUCAAGCCUAUGUUCCACAGCAUUAAGUGGUCAUGUGGAGAAGGUUAUGGAUCAUCAGAGUUCUCUAUAGAACAACUGGCUCAACAGAUCCUGGAGUCUCAACAGACCAAACCUCAGCCUCGCACACACACCUGUCUCUGCAGCUCCACACUGGCGUCUCCUGGAGCUAACAUUCCCCACCGCUGUAACAGCACCAAACAUCGCAUUAUCUCCCCCAAACUGCCCGCUACCAGCCCUGCCAUGUCAGCCUCACCCCUGGCUGAGGGGGAGACAGGAGGGGGAGACAUCCCUGCAGGCGGCGAGAAGAAACCUUCCCCACACACACACCCUCCCCCCUCACACACACACUCCCAGGUAAAGCUUGGAGGGUCUACCAGCCUGGUAGGGAGACAUGAGGGAGUCUCUUCCUCCCCCUCUCCCCCCUCCUCCUCCUCCUCCUCCUCAUCAUCCCCCCCUCAGGCUCACCGCACAGCAACCAUCGCCGUCAGCAACGGCACCACCAACAGUUUCUAUGGUGACCAGCGGGGCCUGACGACGGUUGCCCUACCGCAGAAUGCGGUGAUCGUCAUGACUACGGCGGGGGUCAUCGGGACGCAGGGUGGAGGAGAGCGGGAGUCGAGUCUGUCUCUUACCCGUUCAGGUCAGCUGGUACUCUCCCCCGUCCCCCCUAAACCAGACACCCCCUCCCCCCCAACCCCACCUGCUCCACCCACCCCCCCCCACCCCGGGGUGGCUACUCUCAGCCUCACCCUCCUGUCCUCACCCGUUAUAGGGGGACUACUCCUCACUCCAUCCCCCUCUCCAUCCCUCCUGCAUCCUCUCCCUCCUGCCACCCCCUCUCCCUCACCCUGCCAACCUCCUGUCUUCGAUCCAGACUCCUUUCUGAACAGUCCUAAACAGGGUCAGACCUACGGAGGCACUCUCCCCCCCUCCUCACCCUCUCCUCCCCCCUCCUCCUCCUCCCCACAUGCACCCUCCCUCACUCUCUCCCUCUCCCCCACGUCCCCUCCCCCCUGCUCAUCCCCUCCCUCCUCUCUCUCAUCCCUCUCUUCUGAGGCAGAGAGGAAGAAUGAAGAGAGAGUGGUGCUCCAGACCUCUGCCCCUUCUUCCUCCCUCCCUCCAACCCUUUCUCUAUCCCUCUCUCCGUCCCACUCUGCCCCUUCUUCCUCCCUCCCUCCAACCCUUUCUCUAUCCCUCUCUCCAUCCCACUCUGCCCCUUCUUCCUCCCUCCCUCCAACCCUUUCUCUAUCCCUCUCUCCGUCCCACUCUGCCCCUUCUUCCUCCCUCCCUCCAUCCCUUUCUCUAUCCCUCUCUCCAUCCCACUCUAUCCCUUCUUCCUCCCUCCCUCCAUCCCUUUCUCUAUCCCUCUCUCCGUCCCACUCCGCCCCCUCUCUCCUGCCUCUGUGUCUGGAAUCAGCGCUGGCCCUGGGCCCUCUGGGGGAGACAGAGGGGGAGAGGGGGGAGGCAGAUGGAGAGAGAGAAAGACAGAGGGAGGAGGGGAGAGAAGAGGGGCACCCGCCCACCAAACUGGCUCUCCUCCAGCGAAGCCAAUCCCCCAAGCCGUCGUCGUCAGGGCAACACCACAGAAAAGCAUCAUCAUCGCUGCUCCUGAUUCGCCACGAAACGCAGCAGACCCCUCCCACUCAGCAGAUAGCGCCCAAUCUGAAGCCUCACAGGCAGGACGGAGAGCAGCCAUUGGUCGUCCUAGAGCCCAAAGAGCUCCAGCAGCACCUCCCCCAACCCAUGACCUCUAUGCACUGUAACCCCAACCCAACCCCGACCCCACUGACCCAGAACCACCACUCUCAACUCCUCCUGCUGCAACACAGACGUCUUCAGAGUCAGGAGAAAGAGAUGGAGAAAGAGGUGGAAAGAGAGAGGCAGAGGGAGGUGGAAAGGGAGAGGGGGAGGCAGCUCUUACUCCUGCACCAGAGACUCAGCCAGCCGACUCCCUUAGAGUCCCUGUUUGCUAACAUCAACAACGUGGCUAAUGCAAACAUGGCUCUUUCGACUACUAUUAAUAUGGACAGUGCCAAUGCCACUAUGGGUAAUGUUAACAUGACCGAUAUGGCUAAUGGGCGGGGUAGAGUAAAGGAGGAGAGGGGGCGGGGCUACGAGGCAGAGGACACACCCAUGGACACGGGUCAAAGGUCGGAGGUCACGGAUGUCUCGGAGGAGCUAGAGAUAUCGUUCGACAGCCAGUUCCCUGACCUCAUCUCUGAGCUCAUCACAGAGGCCGACGCCCCCAACACACACACACACACACACACCUCGGUCCUCGUCUCGAACCCGGCUCCCACCAGCCUGUUUCCUACAGGGGUACGUUACAUGGUUCCUCCCCAGCCCUCCCCCUCCUCCUCCUUCCUCCCCUUCCCCCCUCUUCCCCCUAACAACGGGACUGAGCUACAACGCCUAGCAACCAUCACAGACUUCUCCCCCGAGUGGUCCUUCCCAGAGGGUGGUGUGAAGGUGUUGAUAACAGGUCCCUGGUUGGAGGCUACUGGACGUUACAGCUGCGUGUUUGACCAGAGCACCGUCCCCGCUUCACUUAUUCAGCCUGGAGUACUACGGAGCUACUGCCCUGCCCACGAGGCAGGGUUGGUGUCUCUUCAUAUAGUGGAGGACAGUGGGUCUGUCUCUUCGUCUGUUCUGUUUGAAUACAGAGCUCGAAACGCCUCGUCUCUACCCAGCUCACAGCUGGACUGGCUGUCCCUGGACGAUAACCAGUUCCGUAUGUCCAUCCUGGACAGACUGGAGCAGAUGGAGAGGAGGAUGGCUGAGAUGUCUGCAACCAACCCACACACACAGCCGCCGCCACAAUGCCAGCGGAUCAGCACACUCUCCCCACACACACCUCGGCCCGAGGACAGAAGCCAGUCAGGCCCAUGGUUUGAGAGGAGGAUAGUUGGAGUAUGUGAGAGGAUGAUAGAGGGAGGGAGAUGGAGAGGAGGGGGAGAAGAGCGCCUCGCUCACUCCAUACGCCACAGAGGGAUGACACUGCUCCACCUGGCCGCUGCACAGGGAUACACACACCUAAUCCACACACUCAUCCACUGGAGGAGUGUCAACAGUGACAGUCUGGACGUAGAGCAGGAAGUUGAUCCUCUCACCGUCGAUCAUUUCUCAUGCACUCCUCUGAUGUGGGCGUGUGCUCUGGGACACCAGGCAGCAGCCGAGGUUCUAUAUGGUUGGAACAGCCAGGCGCUCGGAAUUCCCGACUCACUAGGCCGCCUCCCCCUCGCAGUUGCACGCUCUCGUGGACACACAUGCCUUGCCCGCGCGCUGGAGGACCUACACACACACCGCCCCGACACGCACACACCCACAGAGAGGGCCGAGGAGGGGGCUCAGGGGGAGCAGAGGACCACCCCCACUCCACAACUCCCCCCCUCUCCACUGUCCACCAGUCCUGACACAGGUCUGAGUUCGUCCAGUAGUAUUCCCUCCCCCUCUCUCUCCCUCCCCUCCCCUUCUCUCAGCUCAGCCUACUCUAGUGGGUCUGUACCCCUCUACAACCCUCCUGACCCUAUGGAUACCUCCCCCUCCUCCCCCUCUCUCUCCCUGUCCUCCCUCCCCCUCUCCCCUCCCUCCCCCUCUCUCUCCCUCCCUCUGAGCCUGCCAGGAUGGGGCGAGGCCUGUGGAGGUUGUGAAGCUGGGGACUCUAGUUUAAACGCCGGGCCCAGAGACCCUCUCUUCCUCAUGGACUACGAACCGGCCCCUCCCCACUCCCCUCCCGGACCUCCACACUCACACACACCCCCCCGUCGCUCACACACACACACCUUCGAGGAGCAGGUGAGCUUCAAUGAGAAUGCAGAGAACGAGGAGGAGUUCCUGCCUGCUGAGGUGCUACAGGUUGACAUGGCAACGUUAGCAGAGCAGAUCAUCGAGGCGACUCCUGAGCGAAUCAAACAAGAGGAAUUGUCCAGGGGGGCGGAGUCACCGCUCAGAGAGCGGCGGGACAACACGGUGAUAUCCGACACCAUGCCCUGGUUGGCCACUUACCUGGACACUCACACACACUCCUCUCUGUCCAGAUGUGUGUACCCCCCCUCCCACCUCAGUACCCUGGCCCUCCAGAGGCUGCGGCCCCCCAGUAGUGUGGCGUGGGCGGAGUUCCUGAACGCCUCGGCCAAUGGGAGGAUGGAGAGAGACUUUGCUCUGCUGACUCUGACUGACUCAGAGCAGAGAGAACUGUACGAGGCUGCGCGCAUCAUUCAGAACGCCUUCAGACGAUACAAGGGUCGGAGGUUGAAGGAACAGCAGGACAUGGCAGCAGCCGUCAUCCAACGAUGCUACAGGAAGUACAAGCAGCUAACAUGGAUAGCUCUGAAGUAUGCUCUGUAUAAAAGGAUGACUCAGGCAGCGAUACUGAUCCAGUCUAAGUUCCGUAGUUACUAUGAGCAGAAGAAAUUCCAGCAGUCUAGACGGGCUGCGGUUCUGAUCCAACAGUACUACCGCAGCUAUAAGGAGUAUGAACGCCUCAAACAGGGACCCAGAGGGUCCGGAUCACACAACCCAAAACUGAAGGGUUCCUUCCUGACUAAGAAGCAGGACCAGGCCGCUAGGAAGAUCAUGAGAUUCCUACGACGAUGCCGACACCGGAUUAAAGAGUUGAAACAGACUAAGGAGUUAGAGAGGAGAGGGCUUACCACCUAACUCUUCUUUUACCCCUCCUUCAUCCUGCCAUCCGCCACGGGAGAGAGGGAUGACUGAUGGAGAAGAGAGAGCAGCCUGUCUGCCCUCCUCCCUUUAUUCUCUGUCUCCCUCCCUCCACUGGGGUCAAUCAUCACCCCAUCCAGCUGUAUGCCUGUCACUCCUCCUCUCCUCCUCUCCUCCCCCUGUUCUCCUCCUCUCCUCCUCCUCUCCUCCUCUCAUCCUCCUGUUCUCCUCUCCUCCUCUCCUCCUCUCCUCCUCCUCUCCUCCUCUCAUCCUCCUGUUCUCCUCUCCUCCUCUCCUCCUCCUCUCCUCCCCCUGUUCUCCUCCUCCUCUCCUCCUCUCAUCCUCCUGUUCUCCUCUCCUCCUCUCAUCCUCCUGUUCUCCUCUCCUCCUCUCAUCCUCCUCUCAUCCUCCUCUCCUCCUCCUCUCCUCCUCUCCUCCUCUCAUCCUUUCUUACCCCUCUCCUCCUCUCAUCCUCCUCUCAUCCUCCUCUCCUCCUCUCAUCCUCCUCUCAUCCUCCUCUCCUCCUCUCCUCCUCCUCUCUUCCUCUCCUCCUCUCCUCCUCUCAUCCUCCUCUCCUCCUCUCAUCCUCCUCUCCUCCUCUCAUCCUCCUCUCAUCCUCCUCUCCUCCUCUCCUCCUCUCAUCCUCCUCUCCUCCUCCUCUCAUCCUCCUCUCCUCCUCUCAUCCUCCUCUCAUCCUCUCCUCCUCUCCUCCUCUCAUCCUCCUGUUCUCCUCUCCUCCUCUCAUCCUCCUCUCCUCCUCUCAUCCUCCUCUCAUCCUCCUCUCCUCCUCUCCUCCUCUCAUCCUCCUCUCCUCCUCCUCUCAUCCUCCUCUCCUCCUCUCAUCCUCCUCUCAUCCUCUCAUCCUCUCCUCUCAUCCUCCUAUACUCCUCUCAUUCUCCUGUACUCCUCUCCUCCUCCUGUUCUCUCGUCCUCCUCUCCUCCUCUCCUCCUCCAGUACUCAUCUCCUCCUUCUCUUCAUCCCUCUCUCAUGAUGAAGUCAUGCUACUUCUGCAAGAAUGCAAACUGCAAAGGGAUGGAGAGAGAGAAGUAAGAAAAGGAGAGAGAGACUCCUGCCUUCCCCCCUGUUCUGCUGUGGAGAGGAGGAGGAACCUGACUGAAUCUGUUUAUUCUUUAUUUGAUCUAUUUCUGGGCAAAACAAGACAACUGCAGCUUCUAACUGAAUGUAUGGAACAUAUAAAAAAAAAAAUAUAUAUAUAUAUAAAUAUAUACACAUAUAUAUAUUCUACAGAUAUCAAAUACUACAUGUCACUGCUUUUGUGUUAUUUGUUGGGGCAGGUAUUGUACGCGUAUGAAGUGAUAGUCACUGAGACAGUAGGACUGAACAGAACACUUAAAGUCUUAAAACAGGGAGAUGUCUUGACCCUAACUAACUAACCACCUUUACACACAACUAGAUGGGUUGGUAAAGAACCUCUGUAGAAUGGCAUUACAUCCAUGUACGUGUAGAUAGAACCAGUAUAGAUCUAGACCACCUAGAGAGGAACCACCUCAUGUUAGUGUAGAUAGAACCAGUAUAGAUCUAGACCACCUAGAGAGGAACCACCUUAUGUUAGUGUAGAUAGAACCAGUAUAGAUCUAGACCACCUAGAGAGAACCACCUCAUGGUAGUGUAGAUAGAACCAGUAUAGAUCUAGACCACCUAGAGAAAACCACCUCAUGUUAGUGUAGAUAGAACCAGUAUAGAUCUAGACCACCUAGAGAGAACCACCUCAUGUUAGUGUAGAUAGAACCAGUAUAGAUCUAGACCACCUAGAGAGAACCACCUCAUGGUAGUGUAGAUAGAACCAGUAUAGAUCUAGACCACCUAGAGAGAAACCACCAGGUGUCCCAAAGUCUUAAAAAAACAAACCAACCAAUCAACUGACUGAGACCAUUUUACUAACUAGUCAGUUAUAGAAGCUAGGAGGAGUUUGAUGAUAAUGAAGACAGUGAGGUUUCAGAUUGUGUUGUAGGAGCAUUAUAGGUUGGUUGCUGUAACGUUGCAGGGUGGUUGUAGGAGGGUUUGGUCUGCGAGAGACUGUAAACGCCCUGAUCCUCUACAUUAUAUGGGUUAGAGGUCAGGCUAACACAACGUCCUUAACUCAUCCUUUACACUGUCAGGGGUUAAAGGUCAGGCUAACACAACGUCCUUAACUCAUCCUUUACACUGUCAGGGGUUAAAGGUCAGGCUAACACAACGUCCUUAACUCAUUCUUUUCAGGGUCAGGGGUUAAAGGUCAGGGGUUAGAGAUCAGGGAUUGAGCACAAUAAUCAGAAUAUAAAAUAUUUUUGUGUCUAAGGAGAUCAAAUGUUAAUUUGACUGAUUUAAAAAAUGCAGUGUCUUCAAACCCUUCUGACGGACAACACAGAAAGAUGUUUACCAACACACAAUUAUUACACACACUGGUUUAUACACUGAUUACAUGUAUUAAUGGUUUAUAAACUGUAUUAAUGGUUUAUAAACUGUAUUAAUGGUUUAUAAACUGUAUUAAUGGUUUAUAAACUGUAUUAAUGGUUUAUAAACUGUAUUAAUGGUUUAUAACACACUAUCUAAUGGUUCAUAAACCCUCUACGGCGGUAAGAACGCGUAAUACUCAUUUUUACUAUUGCACUCUAUUACAACCUACCAACUCUGAAAGAAAGAGAAAACCAACCCAACUGUAGACGUGAUAGAAGGUGCUGUCUGACUGGGCUUGGUGUACAUACUGUAACAUACAGUCUGGUUGAAGAUUUAUUAUCAUAUUAUAUUAUGACUCUGUCCUUUAUGAGAUCGCUCUGCUUGCUUGACUGAUGAACCUUGGGCUGUUCCCAAUGGGCCCCUAUUCACUAUGUAGUACACUACCCAUAGGGCUCUGGUCUAAAGUAGUGCACUAUAUAGGGCUCUGGUCUAAAGUAGUGCACUAUAUAGGGCUCUGGUCUAAAGUAGUGCACUAUAUAGGGAAUAGGGUGCCAUUUGGGAUGUAUUUUCUGAUGUGUUGUUUACUGUAGUGGACCCUAUAUAGCAGUGCACUACUUGAACCAGAGCUUUCUAUAGAUAGGGAACAGGGAGUCAUUGGGGAUGCGACCCAUGGUUUCACAUUAUCUUACUACUGGGUGUCCCAAUAGCUCCCUGUUCACUAUAUACUAGUGCACUAUGUAGGGAAUAGGGGACCCACCUAUGAGAUUAUUAUUACUGGUGUUCUGUUAAUAUAUUAAGCGACUGAGUUGAUUUAUUUUGCAUGAGUUUGUAACAGUUUUUACAUUUUCAAAACUUUUCAAAAAUAUUAUGAAGUAUUAAAAAAGAUGACGUGUC